GCUUGCAGGGAACGGGGAGGGUAGAAGUUAAGGAGUCAGCUCUCUCUGCCAUUGUUCUUGUUCUGGAAGUCUGAGAACAGGACGGAGACUGCGCUGGUCGGGUACCGGACUGCGGUCUGUCGUUAUGACGGGCUCCGGUCCGAAGCUCGGGGUGCUUUUGCUGCUGGCGGUUCUGCUGCAGACUGUGGUCGUCACCAUCACCGUGCUGCACUUCACCACGGCUCUCAACUCGAUGAAGGAGACGUUCGCCAGGAGCAGUGUUUCCUGUCUGACGGGCGGUGAACUGCAGAGCAUCACGGCUGUUCGGGGGGAUCCGUGCUGGCAGGUCACUCAGCAGCUUCACCUGCUCAUUGAGAAGUCUCUGUCUCAGCGUUACCAGAAGCAGAUUUCGUCGGCAGUCAGAGAUGAAGUAUCUCGGGUGCUGCCCUCACUUGUGAUGGUCGACAGGGCUUCACCCCGCCCCAAAGUCGCAGCCCAUGUCACUGGCAGCUUUGUGCCCCAGCUGGAGCGAGAGGGAGGAGCUCCAGUCUCCGCAGGGCGUCGAGUUCAGGGCCAGAAGAUCUCAUGGUGGGAGGGGCAGAAGGGGCUGGCCUUCCUCCAGGACGUCCAGCUGGUGGACGGGGAGCUGGUGGUGCCGCAGCCCGGCCUCUACUACAUCUACGCCCAGACGUACUUCAGACACACCCACUCCCUGGAGGAGGAGGGCGAGGACGGCGAGGAAGCGGAGGACAGGGGCAGACCGCUGCUGCAGUACGUCUAUAAAAAGGUGAGCUCCUACCCGGUUCCCAUCCUGCUGAUGAAGACGAGCCGAACCUCCUGCUGGUCCCGGGGCUCCCAGUUUUCUCUGCACUCGGCCCACCAGGGGGGGCUGUUUCCGCUCAGCAACGGCGACCGCCUGUUCGUCACGGUGACCAACGCCUCUGCUGUGGACAUGGACGAGAAGAGCAGCUUCUUUGGGGCGUUUCUCAUCAGCUAGACGAUCACAUGCAGGACUCGGGAUCGACCAUCACGCUGUUAAUGUUUGUGAUGGAUGCAUCUGUCUCGUAAACAUGGCUGCAGCCUCUAGACUUCUCCUAUUCCUGAAAAACUGUAACGGCGAGUCACGGGGAAGGCGGUCUUUCUGUUUUUCAGGAUCACAGACCGAACGAAAUUUUGAUAACACUGGUUUCAUGGGUGGAGAAGAGACUGUUAUGGAUUUGCGGCUGUGUGUGUGUGUGUGUGUGUGUGUGUGUGUGUGUGUGUGUGUGUGUGUGUGUGUGUGUGCGAGAGCUAAUCAAUCAGUGUAUUCAAGUUAAUGGGGCUUGGAUUCGACAGAGAUUAAAGUAUCUGUUGUAUGAACGUUUCUUUGAGGCAGACUUCUAACUUUUUAAAGUCUAACAUGUGCAGAGCAGCAGAUUUUCUGAGCUAAGUUUCCAAAGGGGUCUUGAACAGCUAAGAAAAAACCUUAGACAAAAUACACAAAACAAUAUUGACUCUGUUUUAUGCUUUGGUCCUGGUGAGCUAAGUUUUGAGCUGACAUUCUGCACACAAGGUUGAAUUUAGAUGUGAUUUGCCUGGGUAUAUUCUCGCCAUUUUCCUCUCCUGUCCUGUUCCUCCUUUUAACAGGGAAUCCUUGAAGCAGUUAGCCUAUGUGCAGAAAAUGCAAAAUAACCUCAAGUUCUAGCGACUAUCAAGCUAUGUUCAAGGUCAAUAUGAUUUAUUGAUUUUCCAACUACUUUACUUUUUAUGUGAUGAGAAUCAGAAAUCAGAAAAGAAUUUAUUGCUGCAGUAGGCUACACCUACGUGGAAUUGGCCUUGGUAAAUGGUGCAUACAUCCACAAACAAACAUUUAAUAUUACCAAGAAAUAAACAAUAAAUACAGAAAUAGAAACCUAUACAAAGGUUUAGGUUUCCCUACAGUGUGGAAUAUCUAGUGAUGAUCUACCAAAGCUAGACUGUAUUUUCAUAUUUGAAGUUAUGUUUUUGUAAAAUUGUCUCGUAACUCGACUCUCCAAUUCACAAACUCAUCUUUAACAGCUCACAGAUUCUGCACAAGGGGAAGCUGUUCUUUACUCAUUAUAGAAAAAGGAAAGUUGUAGCAAUUCAGACCUUUGGGAAAACAUUACACUUGAUCCAUCUUAUUGAUUUCAUAGCAAAUGCCUGAAAACUGGGGUCUGCCUCUAAGAAUUGUUUGUGUAAAACUCUUAUCAGCUGAACAUUAGCGAUUAUCUGAGUCCUUGGAUGCGUGUUUGUGUAAAGAUGUAAAUAUUGUGCU